AUGGCCAUUUGCCUGCGCUGGAAACCUGGAAUCUCUGAGAACCAAAUUAACUCCCCCUCCCCAUCUCCUGAAUGUAAUUGGUUCCACCUUCACUUCGGCAGUGCUUUAACUUUGUUUACUUUUCUCCUUAGAGACCUUAACAGUGUGAAUUGUGAUGAACUGGGACCUCUGCCUCCAGGUUGGGAAGUUAGAAGUACAGUUUCAGGAAGAAUAUAUUUUGUAGAUCAUAACAACAGAACCACACAGUUCACAGAUCCACGACUACAUCACAUCAUGAAUCAUCAAUGCCAGCUAAAAGAGCCCAGCCAGCAGCCUCUGCCGGCUCCAAACGAGGGGUCUGUGGAAGAGGGUGAAGAGUUGCCUGCACAGAGAUAUGAAAGAGACUUGGUGCAAAAACUGAAAGUUCUUAGACAUGAGCUGUCCCUUCAGCAGCCACAGGCAGGUCACUGCCGAAUUGAAGUAUCCAGAGAGGAAAUAUUUGAGGAAUCCUACCGUCAGAUAAUGAAGAUGAGGCCAAAGGAUUUGAAAAAGAGGCUUAUGGUAAAAUUUCGAGGCGAGGAAGGCCUGGAUUAUGGAGGAGUAGCAAGAGAAUGGUUGUAUUUACUGUGCCAUGAAAUGUUGAAUCCAUACUAUGGACUCUUCCAGUACUCUACAGAUAAUAUUUACAUGCUGCAAAUCAAUCCAGAUUCCUCUAUCAAUCCUGACCAUUUGUCUUAUUUCCAUUUUGUCGGUCGGAUAAUGGGUUUGGCUGUGUUCCAUGGACACUAUAUCAAUGGGGGGUUCACGGUUCCCUUUUAUAAACAGCUCCUGGGGAAACCCAUUCAGCUCUCUGAUCUGGAAUCUGUUGACCCAGAACUACACAAAAGUUUAGUCUGGAUUCUAGAGAACGAUAUCACCCCGGUUCUGGACCAUACUUUUUGUGUGGAACACAAUGCUUUUGGAAGGAUUUUACAGCACGAACUCAAACCAAAUGGCAGGAACAUUCCAGUGACAGAAGAGAACAAGAAAGAAUAUGUCAGGUUGUAUGUGAACUGGCGAUUUAUGAGAGGCAUAGAAGCACAGUUCUUGGCUCUGCAGAAGGGUUUUAACGAACUCAUUCCCCAACAUCUCCUCAAGCCUUUUGACCAGAAGGAACUUGAGCUAAUCAUAGGAGGCCUGGAUAAGAUAGACCUGAAUGACUGGAAGUCAAACACACGUCUAAAGCACUGCAUGGCAGAUAGCAAUAUUGUGAAGUGGUUCUGGCAAGCAGUGGAAACAUUUGAUGAAGAAAGAAGGGCAAGGCUUUUGCAGUUUGUGACGGGUUCGACGCGUGUCCCACUUCAAGGUUUCAAGGCUUUACAAGGCGCUGCAGGACCCAGACUGUUUACCAUCCAUUUAAUAGAUGCAAACACAGACAACCUUCCAAAAGCCCACACUUGCUUUAACCGGAUUGACAUUCCGCCUUAUGAGUCAUAUGAGAAGCUUUACGAGAAGCUGUUGACAGCUGUGGAAGAGACAUGUGGGUUUGCUGUGGAGUGAAAAAGCAACCAAAGGAAACAGAUGCUAGCUCAUGGACCACCAAAUCAAAAGCUAGAAGAAGCUUGCUGUGAACUUCCUGCUAAGCUGUCUGAAGCACCGGAACUCUGGACAACUUGGAGAUGGGUUGUUUCCCUUCCACUCUUGGUGGAUGAUGGUGGGGGCAGGGGCUUUUGUUGGUGGUUUCCAACUCUUUUUCUCCUUUGUUACAAUAAGCCCUUCCCUCUUCUUCCAUCCCCCAUACAAUGAAAUGCAGCCAAGUUCAGCAUUUGGCUUUGGAUACACAGGAUAUUCUGCUAGAUUUGUAACACAUAUUGUGAUCGGGUCAAUGACCUGUGGGUUUCGUUUUUUUUAAUAGGAGAUUCGCAGAGUAAUUAAGAAUGAGCUUGAUUUGCUGAGGACAUGCAGAUGGUUAGGUGUGCCCGGUUAGUUUGUCUAAAAUCAAGCUUGAACCCCGUGGAGUCCAGGUGCUGCAGUGUGUCUGACUGGCACAAGAAUUUGCAGUGCACAUUCUGAAAACCUGAUUAAAAAGUGAACUUCUAGCAGAAAUUACCUCCAUAUGAGCAUUUAACUGAAAGGCAAAGAAAUUCAAGUUCUGCCUUAGCAGGAAGCUCCCAGUGGAAGCUGUGGCUUACCUUGAGAAAAGCAAAAGAAUUGGGGACAGCUUAAAUGGUAUUGUAUGAUUUCUUUUUGGUUGUCCUGGCUGAAACCUAAUUGUUUUGCACAUGAAAACAGUUAUUUCCUCCUGCAGAAUUACUUUCCGUAGUUUGCUCAGAUAUAAUUACCUGCAGAGAAGCUUUGUAAGGAGGAGACAGAGGACAAAAUUUAUUCAAUUUCAAAGCUGUGAUUUCUGUGCCACUGUUUUACCUGAAAUGUUUUUGUGACUUCAUAUUUGAAGACUCAAAAUGGAAUGGCCAAACGCUCAGUCAACAGAGCUAACUUCUGUUCUGAUGUUUUUGGCCGUGUGAAAGGUUUAUUUGGAGGCUGUGGUAAAAGGGUAACCAUACAGUGAAUACAUUUUAAAUGUUAUGGAAAGCUAUUGAAAGGAUUUACGACUUCAGUUCUGUAAGGAUAAGAAUUUCUCCAGAGAGCCAUAGAAGGCUAUUUUUUCAAAUACCUGAAACUAAUAUUAAAAGGUUGAUUCUCUAACACAUUGCUAAGGUAACUUCCCGAGGGAAACAAAAGCAAAUCAAAUACCUGAAUCACUAACAUUUUUUCCAGUUUGCACUCCGAGAUCAGACAGUAUUUUAACAAAUAACACGGCUUCAGAAAGACCCAGUUAUCUGUCAAACAUGUCUAAACUUAAGUAAAGCAGGCUUGCUUGUAUAGGAUUUUUUUUCUUUGGCAAGCCUGAUUUUUAGAGAAAUUCAUUACUGAAACAUUUAACAGAUGUUUUUGUUUAUGGAAUAGUGCAUUGAAAUUCAGCUGUGGGUAAAAGAUUGUUCUUAGAAGAUGUCUACUGGAAUACUUCUAUUUUGUCUUUUUUAAAUUGAAUUUGAUAAUAGCUUUAAACUGUGAUAGGACAGAAAGUAGACACUUGCCAAAAUUCUGGCAUCAUUCUCAGUUUUGUUUGUUUGUUUUCAUUGACCAUAAUUCUUGUGAUUUGUGGUUGGGAGUGAGGAUUGCAUUGGAGGUGUAAAAUUGUACCAUAGUGUGAGAUUUGCACAGGGUUGCUCAAGGCGCUCAUCCAGCGAGACUGUACAGGACAGAGGAUACUUACACCCAUGUUCUGGAGGAAUCCUGUUGCAAAUGGGGACCAGUUUCUGCAGUACUGAUGACUGGGACACAAGUGAAAUCAUGUGUGUGUUUUGCAGAAGAGAAAGGAAAUAGAACUGUCUGGAGAUGAAGGUCUGUACAGUCUUGGGCUGAGCAGCAGAAUCCCCAUGGCCCUGGCUUUUCAAAAUGGCUGUGAAGUCGUACCUGUUCAUAGAGUGUAUUUAAUCCUUUCAGUACGUUUGAAUGUGCAAUAAACCAGUCAGAUAGGAAAAACACAACGUGGAUUAUUGCCCAAAAGCUUUGCAUGUAGUCUCAUGUGGAUUUUUCACUAAAAGAGUUGAAAAAACAGAUGCUAAAGCCCACCACUAACAGAAAUCCUAUCACGCAAGCUCUAAAACUGGCUUGGUAAAAACCAAGUGAGGUGAAGGUGAAGGCCCUUUAUUUGGAAAUCUAUAGGUCAAGUAGCUUUAUGUCAACGACACAGUUGACAUAUGAUAGUUCCUAAUGUCUUUCCUAGGUCAGUGUUUUAUUGAAUGCACAAAAUAAGAAUAGGCAAGGAUUGUUGUUUGCUGUAUUUAAAAGCCCUUGUCAAGGUACCUCCUCCUUGCUGACAAUAAUGAGAAUAGGGCACCGUCUUUUUAAUUGUUUUAGUUCUUUUUUAUACAGCUUCACCACCUCUCCCAUUGUGUUGUCUUCGCAACUUUGUGCCACUUCAGUGAUGAUGAAGACCUUUUUUUUGUAUUGUUCUGUAUGUGCAUUUGAGGCAGGCCUUAAAGAUGGAUGGAUGGAUGGUGGAUGGAUGGAUGGAUGGAGGAAAUAAAGAAGCAAGGCAGUAUGGGUUUUAAGUAAUGAUUUCUUCUUCCAGUGGCUGGUUUCAAGGCCAGGGAAGGAUGAAACGCAAACAAGAGUUUGCAUGGCUCAAGCUGUUGACUCUAUGAGGUCUUGGACGCUGUUCUUAUAACCUCAGCUGUCUGAAUCUGUGAGUGUGUUCAUUCCCAGUUGGUCUGCCAGCACUUGAACUGGUUGUUACUCCUCAAAACUUGCCCAAAGAAUAACAUAAAGUCUGGUGUCCGUUCAGUCGUUCCACGUUCCACCUUGUGCACACAUGCGUCUUGGAUCAGACCUGAAGGAAAUACAAGGUACAGUGUGUCUUUCGUUCCUGUCCUAAAGGCAAACCUAAAAGCUGGUCCGUUGGCACAGACCUUCAGUGCUUGCCCUGAUACUGCUCAUCAGCCUAUACUAUAUGCUCAGGGAUGUAGGAAACCACCACUUUGCUCGUGUUUUAAAUCGGGAAGAAAUGAGGCUGUUUUAUGAACGUUGGCAUUAACUUGGGCAUUAUGUUAGACAAGACCCUGCUUCAGAAAGGCUGCUUGAAGCUCCAGGGGGUGAAAUCGACGUUUGCUCAGCAGUAUGUACUUUGUUCAAGUUGAGGUGGUUGUGAAAUCCAAUAGAUUUUGUAAAUUAGUGAUCUGGCCACCAGGGCCCUCUGUAGCUCAGGUUCAGGGCCGCGUGGCACAGCAAGUUCCCAGAAACACAGUAUGGAUCUGUUUUUAAUUUGUUAAUUUUUGUUCCUCGACCACUUUAUAAUGUAUUUUUUUAAUUUAUUAUUUUGUAAUGUCAUGUUUAAGUAUUGCUGCUAUCCUUGUUAUUCUUCCCACUGUUUUUAUUGCAGAUUUAUUUUGUGAAAGUUGUACACUAAUGUUUCAUUUUAUGUCUAAAUCAAAGUAUUUAAAGAAAUACUAGUUCUAUUUAAUGUGGUUAUGGAACCAGCUGGAAUAAACAGUGAUUGUAUAGUAGGCUGGACCCAGGAGGUCAUGUUCAUUUUUGUUACAUAUGCAAUAAACUCACAACUUUAAA